AUGGUAUUCAACGAUCCUGGUUUCAUAGAGAACAGUGAACUUUCUGCGAUUGAAAACGUAAGCAACGGAAAUGCUGUAAGUCCAAUAGUGUAUAAUUCUAGUCCAACUAAAACUGGUAAAAAAAGAAGACUAAAUGAAGCAAACUCGAAAGUCAAUGUAGCGAAAAGACUGAAAAAUAGUGAUGAAGAGAAAGAAUCUAUGAAACAAGAUUAUGAAUUACACCUUAAGGAAAAGAAUUUGUCUCGUAUUGAAAAAGAUAAGAACAACAAGUGUUCCAAUGCCUCAAAGGAGACGUCUCAGUUUUUUACUACAAGUCAAAACUAA